AUGGCUGGAACAGACGAGACUGAGAAGAAGACCAAGGCUGCCGACAAGAAGCAGCAGGCGGAAGAGGAACUGCCCGCAGACGACGAGGAAUACGUCGAGGGUCAGGAUGAUGAUGCGGCUGCGGAUGAUGAUGAUGUCGAGAAAGUCACAGAGGACAAGGGCGCGGAUGUUGAAGAUAUAGAGGAGCAGAAUGGAGAGGACGCGAAGGAGGGCGAGGACAAGGCUGGUGCCGAAGAGGAGGAGCAAGAAGAGGAAAAAGAAGCAGAGGUCAUUUCCGAUGAAGACGAAGAGGAGGAAGAAAAGGACGAGGAAGAAGGAGACGAGGAUGAUAAAGGCACUAAGCGCAAGCCCUCGUCCAAAUCCCAACCAGGCUCGUCCAAGAAGCAAAAGACAGCCACUUCCACCGCCACCAACGGCGGUGGCUCGUCGGCCAAGGUCGACACGUCCAAGCCCAACGCGGCCGCGGAAUCGGGCACCGUGGGCUCCAAGCACGACGCGCCGCGCGACCCGGCGACGCAAGGGUCGGCGGACCGGCUGCCGCGUACCGGACAGACGGUCCACUGGAAGGCGCUGCCGGGCUAUGUCGAGGGCGAGGUGGUGGAGAUUUUGACCGGUGACAAGGAGGUCGAGGGCAAGUCGGUCAAGGCCACGGCCGAGGAACCGAGGAUUGUGCUCAAGAGUAGCAAGUCGGGCAAGAUUUGUGUGCACAAGGCUCAGGCGGUGUAUUUUGAUGAUGAGUAA